AUCCCGCUGGGGCAAGAGCUCGAGAUGACAGACCAUAGACCCACUUCUGCCAUCCUCCUGCCGCAGUUCAUCCACCCGACCCGCACCACUCGACUCGCCAUGCGCUAUGCCGCGGUUCUGGCGCUUCUGCUGUGCUCGGGACAAGUCUUUGCCCUCCCUGUGAACAGCCCCAUGACAAAAGGGGACACUAAGGUGAUGAAGUGUGUCGUGGAGGUCAUCUCUGAUUCGCUGUCCAAACCCAGCCCCAUGCCUGUCAGCUCUGAGUGUCUGGAGAUCCUCCAAGGAGAUGAGAGGGUCCUCUCCAUCCUGCGACACCAGAAUUUGCUGAAGGAACUCCAAGACCUGGCUCUCCAAGGUGCCAAGGAGCGGGCCCAGCAGCAGCCAAAGCAGCAAGAGGAGCCGAAGCAGCAAGAGGAUCCACAGCAACAACAGCAGCAACACAGCAGCUUCGAGGACGAGCUCUCAGAAAUGUUCGAGAACCAGAGCCCUGAGGCCAAGCAUGGAGACGCUACAGCAGAAACUCCGACUACGGAAGCCGUGGAGAAGAGAGAGGACUCUUAUGAGGGGCAACAGGAUGGCUCUGAGGGAACCACGGAGGGACCCAGGCCUCAAGCUGUCCUAGAGCCCAGGCAGAAGUCCUCUAUGGUGGAGAACAGUCAGGCUUCUGAGGAGGACACAGCCACCAACACCCAGCCACCGGCCAACCUCCCCAAACAGGAGCACAGGGACCCGCAGGCUACGGGGGACAGCGAGACAGGCCUGAGUGUCCGGCAACAAGCCAUAAACGCCAAGCAGGAGGAGGAAGAGCAAAAGGAGGUUAGAGAGAAGUCUGGGCCUGAAGAAGCCCCCACCACAACAUCCAGCUCCCACUCCCAAACCAAAUACCAGGAGAUCCAGAAAGAUGAGGGUCAGUCGGAGUCUCAGGCAGUGGAUGGAGCUGGAAAGACUGGAGCUUCUGAAGCUCUGUCACCCCAGGGGGAGCUGGAGCUCUCUCGGCAAGAGGACAACGGGGAAGACGUGAUGGCAGGGCUGCCCCAAGGUCUCUUUCCAGGCAGGAAGAGCCAGGAACUGGAGCAUAAGCAGGAGGAGGAGGAAGAGGAGCAUCUACCCAGAGAAUGGGAGGACAAGCGGUGGAGCAGGAUGGACCAGCUGGCCAAGGAACUGACGGCAGAGAAGCGGCUGCAGGGGGAGGAUGAUCCUGAUCGCUCCAUGAAGCUCUCCUUCCGGGCCCGGGCCUAUGGCUUCAGGGACCCCAGGCCUCAGCUGCGCCGGGGCUGGAGGCCAUCUUCCAGAGAAGACAGUGUGGAGGCCCGAGGCGACUUUGAGGAAAAGAAGGAAGAGGAAGGCAGCGCCAACCGCAGAGCAGAGGACCAGGAACUAGAGAGCCUGUCAGCCAUCGAGGCAGAGCUGGAGAAGGUGGCUCACCAGCUGCAAGCACUGCGGCGGGGCUGAGGCACCGGCUGGUGGGGGCAGCCAUGGCUUCAAG